GUUCAUGCCUAGGCUAGCAUUGACAUAUCGUUACUGACUAUAGGAUUGUUUAGUCGGGCACGUUUCAAUUAAGUCUAUUCCGGAAUUAUUCCUGAUAUCUUCGAUACAUGUAGUGUCCAUGUGAAAUUUUUCUCGGAUUAAGUAAUGUCUAUAUCAUGUGCUGGAUGCGGUGGUCCCAUAGUAGAGAAAACUCUGUUAAAUGCAAUCGAUCGGUUUUGGCACACUUCCUGUUUGAAUUGUUCUUGUUGUGGUCUACGGCUUGAUGAAUUAGGACCUUCCGUUUUUGUUCGCUCAAAUAUGCUGUUAUGUCGACAAGAUUACCUUAAACUGUUUGGCCUAUCAGGAACAUGCGCCAAAUGUCGAGUUCAAAUUCCUCCAGAUGAAUUGGUGAUGAGAUGUCAAGACAAAGUCUAUCAUGUGAACUGUUUUUGUUGUACUCACUGUCAUUCUCUGUUGCACCCCGGUGAUAAAGUGUGUUUUAUGGAUGGCAAUUUAUUUUGUGAGCAUGAAUUCCCUCAUUUGUUUUCUGGGCCUCCCAAACUGACUUCACUAAGAUUAACAUCAUCUUCUGCAAGUCCUUGUACUUCUAAUGAUUCUGAUAUUAGUCGUGGCCAAAUGACCAUUGAGUUACAAACAAAAAUGAAUGGUGUUUCAUCUUCUAGAUCUUUCAAUAUAAAUCCCGCGUCUUUAGAGCAGCAGCAACAACAGCCAUCUGGUGCUUUGCCAAAUAAACUCAUAUUUUCCCAAUCCGAUAUUUUAUCAUCACUCAGUCCUCAUCCAUCCAGUCCAAUUAUGUCAUUUCCUAAUAAUAUGCAACCAAAUCAAGAUAAUAAUCAGCAACUUGUGCAACACGGGUUUUAUGUUACAGACGUUGAGCAACCGUUCGGUGACACAUCUAGUGUACAAAACUCAUCCGAAAAACCUUUGAAAUCAUCAAUGAUUAACACGACAAAUGAGACAACUAAUGGUCGUAAAAAACAACAAAAACGUGUACAAUUAUGAUCAAGUGGAUUAUAAUAAACUAGCAUAUUGACACAUCAUUAUACUAUUGGAUUGCGCUUUUAAUUAUAGAGGUCUGGAUCGUAAAUUUACCACUAUCUAUUUUCAAUCAGUAUACACACUCUGUAGUCUGUCUAAUUCAUCUUCGUGAAGAAGUAUGAAAUUCCAGCUUUACACAUCUGUAAUUAGGGGAUUUAAUUUAGUUUGACAUUUUAUAAAGUAGAUAACCGUCGUUGCCCUGCGCUCCGUGUUUGUUAAGCUUGAAAGACUAUAUUGUGAUUGGUCCUUUAGAACCACAAUUCUUUUCGCCAAUUUUUCAAAAUUUUCUUAAUGUAAGAAUUGAACGUUUAUCUUUUUCUGUUUCGUUUUUGUAAUAAAAACUUCACUAGACUAUUUGGAAAUAUGUACUAUCAAUUAAGACGUUCAAUAUUCAUUAUUCUUUGCUAUAACAGUUUGUACAAAUAUUUUUUGUUCUAUCUUUAAUCCUGUUCAGAUAAAUAAGUGCUUAAAUCUCAUGUUUUAGAGAACUGA